AUGAACCUUGGGGUGCACCAUAUCCGAUGCACCACGGGGCCGUUGAGCAGCGAGGUGCCGGUACCCUCCUUCAUCACAGGGAAGAUCCCAGGGAUGGUGUUACCUGAUGGAAGCACCGAUGGCGCUCCCCAGGCGUACGGAGCGAACAUUGACCCAUCCUGCGAAGCGCCCCAGCACACUGGUACGUACCACUCCUCGAUCAUGACAGGCACGAUGUUCUUGAACCUGACCUCCCAUUCCCAAGUCACCGCCUGGUGUAGCAUCCGGACGAUCGCGCACGGCACGAUGUUCUUGAACCUGACCUCCCAUUCCCAAGUCACCGCCUGGUGUAGCAUCCGGACGAUCGCGCGAUCAGCCAGUUGGGAUGGGGGAUCCCGCGGGACUUUGAGCCGGACCCCUGCUCAAUUCAGGCGGGGUAUCAUCGAUGGUGAUGAAUCCAGCAUGCUGGCCGUGGCCAGAAUACGAGCCCCAAGAAGGUUGGCACGGGAAAUAUUGCGUAGAGCGAUGUCGCAGUCUGAGAGUUCACAGAGAGGCCAAGAGGCAAAAGGGGCGAGAAGACGAUCCAGCUCCGCCCACUCAGCUCCGGCGCCGAAGUAG